ACGGCCUUGUUGCUGUCCCUGUCCCAAGGAUAGCAUUCCUCAGGCACCACUCGGGCUCUCCUAGAUGGCCAGGAGAGCAUCUCGGGCCAUUAAAUCUCCAUUCUCAGGGCAGCGUGUGCCAUGGGGGACUGGAGCCUGCUGGGGCGGCUGCUGGAGAAUGCCCAGGAGCACUCCACAGUGGUGGGGAAGGUCUGGCUCACCGUCCUCUUCGUCUUCCGCAUCCUGGUGCUGGGGGCAGCCGCUGAGCGGGUCUGGGGUGACGAGCUGUCUGGCUUCUCCUGCGACACGCAGCAGCCCGGCUGCCAGAAUGCCUGCUAUGACAGCACCUUCCCCAUCUCCCAUCUCCGCUUCUGGGUCCUGCAGAUCAUCUUUGUCUCCACCCCCAGCCUUGUGUACCUGGGCCACAUCCUGCACCUGGUACAUCUGGAGGAGAAGGCACAGCAGCAAGUGGCAGCGCGGGCCGGCAGCGGGGCCAGGCGGCCGCGCCCCAGGCAGCCCCAGCUCCCUGCAGGGGACACACGGGGACGGGUCUGCAUGCGGGGGGCCAUCCUGAGGACGUACAUCUGCAACGUUGUCUUCAAGGCUCUCUUGGAAGUGGCCUUCAUUGUGGGCCAGUACACCUUGUACGGGUUCCAGCUGAAGCCCCUCUACACCUGCAGCCGCUGGCCCUGCCCCAACACUGUCAACUGCUACAUCUCCCGGCCCACUGAGAAGACCAUCUUCAUCCUCUUCAUGCUGGGGGUGGCCUGCGUGUCCCUGCUGCUCAACCUGGUGGAGAUCUACUACCUGGGUCUCACCAAGUGCCGGCAGGGGCCAGGCCCCAAGUCCCACAUCAUAACCACUCCCAGUGGCCCUUUAGGGCCCCGCAGUGCCCAUGUCACCCUGCCCAGGGUUGGCAGCCCCCUGGCUGCUGGCAGAUCCCCCCACAGCCUGGCACCCCUGAAGAAGGCGGGAGCGUGGCUAGGGGUGGCUGGUGGGUCCCACGGGGAGAUGCGAGCGGCAGACCUGGCAGUGUGAACAUGGCCUGCUGGGAUGGUCAGGGAUGGGGGAUGCACUAGUGGCCACAGUGGUGGUUCAGUCUCCAGGCCCUGCCAGGCCUGUGGCAUGGAUCCCGUGGCCAGCACGAGAAUUGGACAUGGCCCUGGGCACAUGGCUCAGCUGCUCCCAGCACCCCUGGGAGCAGCAGGGCUGAGAGUAAAGCUGGGAUGGGGGAGCAAAUAAACACUCACUGCACCUCCCUUGA